UCCGGGAAGAUGGCCGGGGCCGAGGCGGGGAUGAGCGGCGCCGGGAUCCCGCAGCAGCCCCAGCCCCAACCCCCGGCGGCGGCGGCGGCGGGGCCGGCGGACGAGUCGUCGGACAGCGAAGGGGAACACGAGGGCCCCCAGAAACUCAUCCGGAAAGUGUCCACCUCCGGCCAGAUCCGCAGCAAGACAAGUAUAAAAGAGGGAUUACUACUGAAGCAAACCAGUUCUUUUCAGAGGUGGAAAAAGCGUUAUUUCAAACUUCGAGGGCGUACCCUUUACUAUGCUAAGGAUUCCAAGUCUCUAAUAUUUGAUGAAGUUGACCUGUCAGAUGCCAGCGUAGCUGAAUCGAGCACAAAAAAUGUCAACAACAGCUUCACGAUAAUCACUCCAUUUAGGAGGCUAAUACUGUGUGCUGAAAACAGAAAAGAAAUGGAGGACUGGAUAAGCUCUCUGAAGUCCGUUCAGUCCAGAGAACACUAUGAGACCGCACAGUUUAAUGUGGAACAUUUCUCAGGGAUGCAUAACUGGUACGCCUGCUCCCACGCCCGACCUACCUUCUGUAACGUGUGUAGAGAGAGCCUCUCUGGAGUCACUUCUCAUGGCCUGUCUUGUGAAGUGUGUAAGUUUAAAGCACAUAAAAGAUGUGCUGUCCGAGCAACAAAUAACUGCAAAUGGACUACGUUAGCCUCAAUUGGAAAAGACAUCAUUGAAGAUGAAGACGGUAUAGCGAUGCCUCACCAGUGGUUAGAGGGCAACCUGCCCGUCAGUGCCAAAUGCGCAGUCUGCGACAAGACUUGUGGCAGUGUUUUACGCCUGCAAGAUUGGAAGUGCCUUUGGUGUAAAGCUAUGGUUCACACUGCCUGUAAAGAUCUGUAUCCUCGUAAAUGUCCGCUUGGCCAAUGUAAGGUAUCGAUCAUACCUCCAACAGCACUAAACAGUAUAGACUCUGAUGGUUUCUGGAAAGCCACAUGCCCGCCAUCCUGUGCCAGUCCUCUUUUAGUUUUUGUUAACUCAAAGAGUGGAGACAAUCAGGGAGUAAAGUUUCUUCGUCGAUUCAAACAGUCAUUAAAUCCAGCUCAGGUGUUCGAUUUAAUGAAUGGAGGACCUCAUUUAGGUUUGCGGUUAUUUCAGAAGUUUGACAACUUCAGGAUUCUUGUGUGUGGCGGCGAUGGAAGCGUGGGUUGGGUCUUGUCAGAAAUUGAUAAGCUGAGCUUGCACAAACAGUGUCAGUUAGGAGUGUUACCCCUUGGUACUGGAAAUGACCUCGCUCGUGUCCUUGGCUGGGGAGGAUCCUGUGAUGAUGAUACGCAACUUCCUCAGAUUUUGGAGAAGCUAGAACGAGCCAGCACGAAAAUGUUAGACAGGUGGAGUAUAAUGUCAUAUGAACUGAAAUUACCAGCAAAGCCUUCUAUUCUUCCAGUGACUGCAGAAGAGUCAGAGGAAUGUCAGAUAUCUGCUUAUGAGGACUCAGUUGCUGCUCAUCUUGCAAAAAUUCUCAAUUCCGAUCAGCACUCAGUUGUCAUAUCAUCUGCCAAAAUAUUAUGUGAAACCGUAAAGGACUUUGUUGCCAAAAUAGGGAAAACUUAUGAAAAACCAAUGGACAAUGCAGAGGAAGCUGAUGCCAUGGCCAUUAAAUGCACCGAGUUAAACGAGAAGCUAGAUCUGUUGCUCCAGGCUCUUCACACAGAAGCCCAGGCUGCUCCCAUUCUCCCAGGCAUCACUCCCCCCAUCGUGGAAGAAGAAGCAGAGGAGUUCUCGAGUGAAGAAUCCUUGUCUGAAAGUAAAGAGCAAUUAGCGGAGUGCGUCUCAAAGUCUUCCACCCAGAAACUCUUCAAACCGAGGGAACAGCUAAUGCUGCGGGCGAACAGCUUGAAGAAGGCUGUGAGGCAGAUCAUCGAACAAGCAGAGAAAGUUGUGGAUGAGCAGAAUGCUCAUAGUGAAGAACAAGUGAACCAAUCCCCAACAGAAUAUAGCAAAGAAUUGGAUGACUCCAAAGAAGAGGAAAAAGAGGAAGAUACAAAGGAACUUGAGUCCCCAUCAAGUAAAACUGCACCAAGAUCUCCAGAUCGACGUACAAGCCGAGGUAUCCAAUCUCAGACAGGCUCUUUCUCUGCUCCAGCUUUGGCUGCAAGCAAAGAAAACCUCCCAGUGCUUAACACUAGAAUUAUCUGCCCAGGUUUGAGGGCUGGUCUAGCUGCUUCUAUUGCAGGAAGUUCAAUUAUUAGCAAAAUGUUGCUAGCAAACAUCGAUCCAUUUGGUGCUACGCCGUUUAUUGACCCGGAUCCAGAUUCACUGGAGGGUUAUUCAGAAAAAUGUGUCAUGAACAACUACUUUGGAAUUGGGUUAGAUGCAAAAAUUUCACUAGAAUUUAAUAACAAGCGAGAAGAGCACCCUGAAAAGUGCAGAAGUCGGACGAAAAACAUGAUGUGGUAUGGAGUUCUUGGCACAAAAGAGCUACUGCAGAGAACUUACAAGAACUUAGAACAGAAAGUUCAACUGGAGUGUGACGGACAGUACAUCCCCCUUCCGAGUCUGCAGGGCAUAGCUGUGCUAAACAUUCCCAGCUAUGCUGGUGGGACUAAUUUCUGGGGUGGAACCAAAGAAGAUGAUAUAUUUGGGGCUCCGUCGUUCGAUGAUAAAAUCUUAGAAGUCGUUGCGGUGUUUGGCAGCAUGCAGAUGGCAGUUUCAAGAGUCAUCAAACUGCAGCACCACAGGAUAGCUCAGUGUCGGUCAGUAAAGAUCACCAUACUUGGUGAUGAAGGGGUUCCAGUGCAAGUCGAUGGAGAGGCAUGGAUCCAGCCCCCAGGAGUUAUUAAGAUCAUACAUAAAAACAGAGCGCAGAUGCUAACACGAGACAGAGCCUUUGAAAAUACCCUGAAGUCUUGGGAGGACAAACAGAAGUAUGAUUCCUGUAAACCUGUCAUUCGAUCACCCUUGUACCCUCAGCAGGCUGUGGAGUUGGCUACAGAAGAAGAAGUUGCACAGAUCCAGCUGUGCUCACAAGCUGCAGAAGAACUGAUUACCAGGAUCUGUGAAGCAGCAAAAAUACACGGCCUCUUGGAGCAGGAGCUUGCUCAUGCUGUUAAUGCCUGUUCACACGCAUUAAAUAAAGCCAACCCGAGGUUUCCUGAGAGCCUUACCAGAAACACUGCCAUGGAGAUAGCUGUCAAUGUGAAGGCCCUACAUAAUGAAACUGAAUCUCUGCUAGUAGGAAGAGUCCCUUUGUUAGAAGCUCCCCACGAAGAGCUGCUGUCUGAUGCUUUGCACAGCGUGGAAAUAGAGUUGAGAAAACUUGCUGAGAUACCUUGGCUUUAUUAUGUUUUUCAACCAAAUGAUGAUGAGGAUCCCCCACUGGAUUAUGCUAAAAGAAACAACAGAAGUACAGUGUUCCGCAUAGUGCCAAAGUUUAAAAAAGAAAAAGUUCAGAAGCAUAAGACCAGCCCUCAGCCUGUUCAAAAAUGGGGCACAGAUGAAGUUGCUGCUUGGCUGGAUCUGCUCAGUUUGGGAGAGUACAAAGAAAUCUUCAUCAGCCAUGACAUCCGAGGCUCUGAGCUUUUACAUCUGGAAAGGCGAGAUCUUAAGGACCUGGGGAUAACGAAAGUGGGGCAUAUGAAGCGAAUUCUCCAGGGAAUUAAAGAGCUCGGCAAGAACGCCCCUUUGUCUGAAGUGUAAUUACGCUGGUGCUCUCCCUAGAGAGAGAAGGGAAAGUUGCUGGAGAAGCAAAGCUGUUGAGGCCACUUUGCUGUCUUUGUAGUUUACUCUAUGGAAGAAUAAGCGCCGGUGUUUGUACAGGCUCCUAUCUCUGAAUUCUUGUAUGGUGAAGAGCUUGCUGCAAGAGUACAGAAGGAUUUGUGCCAAAAAAAAAAAAAAAAAAAAAAAAAGGAAAAGGUGGUAUGUUCUGCGAAGACGUUUCCUUGGUGUGCAAACUUGGCCAGUCCGGAGAAGCAUGUUGUGGUGGUCAAUCAGAGGGUCUGUGGGGAACUGCACCGACUGGAAAAUAUAAUCAAGAAAUGAUCCGCUUUGCUUUCAUGCAGCUCCGUUACGCCUCUCUUUAUGCUGCAGCAAGAAGAUACCACUGUACAGCGUUGAGGUUGCCUGGUUCUCCUUCCGAGGCCUAGCUCCGGAAAACCAACCUCCUCUGCAGGAGACCAAGAAGUUCUGGAGGUUCCACCACGUGAGCCUGAGCAGCAGUGCCGCGGGUACCCAGCGCUCCCCGGCCACGCGGAAUUUGGGGAGAGAUCCCUUGGGAUGCCAUGAAUGCAAACUCUGAUGCAUGGUGUGCCUGCCUGAAUCGUCUGUUGUUCUGUUGCAUGACACAUCUGAUACUUUAAACACUUGAACAACUUUUAUAUCAGUUUGAAUGAGGUUUAAUUUAUUACUACUUGAGUGUCUUUUUUUUUUUUUUUUUUUUUGCAGUUUCAGGCACUUUUCUAUUCUUCAGUGUUGUGUUAUGCCUAAAAUGUGUUCUACGGCAAAGGAUGUGUGGGUGUGGAAACUUAGCAUUUGUGCCAUAUUCAGCAGAUUAUAUGCAUUAUAUAUGAUUGAAACACUGUACAGUGAGAUUUUUAACUAUACCAUGUACAGAAGGUGUAUCAGGUAACUAACUUAUGAGUAUUUUUGAAAGACCGGUACCUCACAAAAAUAUCAAUUGGCUUCCUGCAUGGAAAAUGAUAAGGAGUUUUCUCAUGGUGCAUUUUAAUGUAGUUAUUCAGUUAUCUUAAACAUCUGUAGCAUAUUUGAACUUUUAGGCACUAAUGGUUUUAUUUAUUCUAUUGUUCAAAAAGCAGGUUGAACGAUUAAUGAAAAUUUUUUACAGGAAAAUUAACUUUAUUUAUCAUACAUAAGAAGAGUUUGAAAAUGUAGCAGCUGAUUUGAUUUUUGUGGGGUAAGCUUUUACUCAUUACUAAUUUCCUAUUAAUUUAAAAAUGUCUCCUUUACAAAGGCAUCGGUUUGUUUCUUGUCAGCACUCCUACAUUGGUAGAUCAUAAAAAUCUAAAAAGCAAACUAACUCUAAGGUUUUACACUAUGCAUGCAAAGAUGAAUCACAUACAAGAUAGUAAUCCAUGAGUGUGAACAGGUUAAGACAUGAAAACCAUCUUUGUUUAGAAAUUGUGUUAGACCAGAGUUUAUAAGGUUAUUUACAGAUUACUUAAACAAAAUGUAGCUUCAUAAUUGAAUUUCCGUGUUAUUUUUUCACAAAAAUGUUAAUCUAAUAGAAAAAUAAUUUGCCUAUAUCUGAAAAAAACCCUACUUAAAUGUUUGAGAUGUGAUGAUAUUGCAGCACCUGCCAGAAAACUUGCACAGAAUCGCUGUCUCCUUGCUGUUCCUAACGUGUCAUUGGGGCAUGAGGAACACUUGACUUUUACUUAAUCGAGUAGCUUUGACAUUUCUUACAGGUUAAGGAGUAUCUUAAUAUCUAUUUAUGUUUUUCUCGUAGGCAGCAGAGUAAGGUUUCGUUUGGUUUUUCCAAAGCUUAUUUUCCCUCUUUAAAGGGGCCAAUGUCAAGUACUGCAUCCUGGUUUUGCCCUCCCUUUCUCGUGAGCAUGAUGGGAGUCGUCCCUUGGAAAGCAGAUGGAAAUCAUCCCUUGGAAAGUAAAAUCUAUUCCCCUCAUUGUUUUAUUGCAAAAAAAAAAUAAUUCAAAAGGAGCAAAACCAGUUUCAUUUAUAUCCCAAGAUAGUACUGUGUGCUCUUGCUGCUGGAGGUUGAACAGGCACCGCUCUGGGAGCUGUGUGGACAUAAUCGAUUAUUCUGGUAAACAAACAAAAGUAAAAGGGCAUGUUCCAUUAGGUUUUCCAUAAAAAAAAAACCAAACCAAAACCCCUUUGCCAAGUGACAUGAUUUUCAUGCUGUUGUAUGAAAAGCAUAUGCAAACAAUGGGAAGUUAGGCAAACAGUGGAAAGAUUAUAUAUAUUUUUUUAAUGUACUUGACAUUCCCCCCUUUAAUGAUGUUCAGAUGGAAUCUGUCAGGUCUUUGCAAGUUGUAUUUCCUUCUCUUUUUGUUUCUCCGUAAGCUACACUGCAUUUGAAUGUGUGGCAGCAUUCUAACAUAUCGAUGUUAGGGUAGACUACGUAGUUCAUCUUCCUGGUCGAUUCAAGGAUGUAAUAUACAGAAGAACUUUCUUUCCAUUCCUGACUGUAGGAUCCACUCUCUUUACAACUUUCAGCCUUGCUUAUAUGCAAUGUGUUAAGACGGGCUGUGGAACAGGACCUCUCCAGGUGGCUGUAGAGGUCUACGCUGAGUAUAUUAAAAAAAUGGGAGCUGCUUUUAGGCAGGGACAAUGGCCAAGUGGUGUUGGUAGCGCAGCGUUCUGAUGACACUCCUCAAUUUACCUCAGUAUAGGACAACUGAUCAAUUGUCUUUGUAUAGUUGGCUUUUUUUUUUUUAAAUGACCACCAAAGAAUUUAACUUUGAUUGUCCUAAGCAGAAGGGUUUUUUUUUAAAUGUGCGAGUAGGAAAAAAAAAUAAUUGUAAGCAUCAUUUAUGCUGUAUUUACUAGAUGCCCAGGAGAGCAAAUUUUAUGCAACUCUAUGCCUUAGACUAGUGUUGGCUGUCAAAUCCAAACGCGUCUGACAAGGAGGCUCAAAUAUAUUUCAUGGGGUUUCUCUGCCAAGGUCAUGGGUUGUAACUGUGUUAAGUGUCGUGGCUCUUCUAAAGACAGACUUUUGAACCCAGUGUUACUAUCUCAUGAUUAUUAUAAUUUCCAAAUAUUGGGUUUUUUUUCCUUACUGCUGUGAAAGUCCCAGGUCCUGGAACUAAAGACAUACAUAGUUACAUUUUAAAUGAACUGAAUUAUUUACAAUUUAAUACUGAUGUUUAAAGUUCUUGAAAGAAUACAUCCCAGUAUUUAAUCAAAAAUAAGGUAAACACAUCCCCUAAAAGUAGUUAGUUUUUUAGAAAACAAGUUAUCCCAAUAGAUCUUGUGAAGCUCGAUCACCAUAUCUUUUUUUAAGUGGGUGGUAUUCAUAUAGAUGAAAUGCCCUACGCUUCAGAAAGAGGAAGAGGAGAAAUGCAUGUUUUAAAAUGGCAGCAGAUUGCUAAGUGCAUGUUUCUGUUUUGCCAUUUUCUAAUAGGAUUUUUCCAACUCUACUGUAUUCAAUUCGGGUCAUGCAAGUAUUGCCUUUACAAUGCCUAAUGCUUUCUUCUUAGAAACUGAAUGAAAUCAGGCAAACUCAUGGUUGUUGGUGUUGGGUUUUUUUUUACAAUACCUUCAAGAAAAAAAACUUGUUCAAAAAUGAAAAUUUUUAUAUGAUGGCAGUUGCAAAUUUUAUUGAUGAUGCAUUUUUAUGUAUUUCCCCUUUACCACUAUGUUUUUCCUGCACAUCACAUUCUUUCAAAGAAAAAUAUGGAAGAAUAGUAAAAUACAACUCCUAAACUCAAAACCCUUCCCAGACUAUUUCAAUCCAGUCUUUCUUACUUUGAGACUGCAGUAAAUACACUCAGUCCUGUAAAUAAUAAAUAGAAAUCAUCUUUCUCUCUCCAUCCCUGCCCAAAGAAAUUCAGACUGUAAUUCAGAAUAACUGUAAUUCAAACAAGAGGAAUUGAUAUUUCUUUUUAUAAUUGCCCGUUUCAUAUUUUCCUAUGCUUUUUGUGGAGAAAUAGAAAACCUGCCAAUUCUGACUUUUUAAUUGAACUCAGCGAUGCUAAUUCACUUAAUGAAAAUUUUAUAAUGCCUUGAUAAUGAACUGAUCUUAGCAAGGAUAAAAUGUGUUUUUUCAAUCCAUCUAGUCUUCCUUUCUGGAAGACUGGCAGGAGACCUUUUUCAUAUGUAAUGGAUAAUUAAUAUCUAAGGCAAAUAUGAGAGGACGUUCCAUAGUGUUCCUUUAAAAGUAGAUGUAAAACUACAUACUAGAGAUAGAUAGUCCCGCAACGCACAUGUAAGACAAAAACCACCACAGUGAUUGCAUUUUGCUUGAUGCUUCCUAUUAAUGAUUGCAUUACUAAUGUUUACUGCUGCUUCUGCGUUGCUCUCUCUGUGCCCCUGAGUAUUAAGUUCUUGCAUAUAAGUUUGACAGCUCUGGUAACUAGUAAUUAGCAGUGCAAAGAGUCAAUGCGAAGUCACAAGCGAUGUAUAUUGUUGAGGAUAACCGAGCUGGAGCAAUAUAUUUAACUUACAACCAGGAAAUUAUCUUGUCACUCACUCGUGUAAGCAAGAGCCACAGAAAAUUUUAUGAUUAAUUAUAAAUAUAUUUUUUUUUCACCCCAAUAACAAAGUACCUCUCAACUACAGCAUCCUGAGUGUUAGAUUUAUACCACGGGCUCUUCCAUUUUUUAAAUUCUGUUUUCACGGACUGUAUGGUUUGUGAUAUGAUUUUCAUAUCAUCAAGGUUUGAUGCUGCUUAUUCUAACUGCAAAGAUUUAAUGUUUGCAGGAACUGUACAUGACUGUGUUGCUGUCUUAAGUAAAAGGAGGAGGUUUUGGUGACUGGAGGAAGAUGAGGAGUUUGGGCGGGACUUAGAAUAUCUCCGCUGCCUCUUUGGAGAUGAAUGGUAAUAUCAGCAGGAUGGAUAAAGCAUCAUUUGGUAAUUAUCAAUAGAAAAUCUUUACUGGUUGUAUAAAUUCCUGUAUUUAUAUAUAGACUUAGCGUGGAACUUGAUCUUUUGUACUAACAGAAAAACAUUUUCUAGUUCUUUUCUACUACUGUUGCAUUAGGUUUAAUAGCUCUGUUAAUGGUUAGCUUAUGUACUUGAAAAGCUCAUUUCUGCCAUACAGAAGCCCAGUCUGUUUCUCGGAAAUUGUAUUCCAUUUGGAAGCCAUCUGGAGCCUUCCAGGAGACUGUUCCUGUAGCCAGUUGGAGCUCAUACCGAAAUUCAUAGCAACUUCCGUAGGCUUAAUACUGAUUGCCCUCAAUAUUUUAACUGAAAAAAAAAAAAAGUUUCUGAAAUUUGGGGUUUUUUUCAGCCUGUAGAAUUAAACCUAAAACAUAAUCCCCUCAUCAACUGUAAAAAAUAAAAUACUAACACUGUUAACACUUGGGCAGACAUGCCAAAAUGCUGGCAAUUACAGACCUGAGGGUAUUCCUGGACAAAUUAUCAUGAAUUCAACUGCAGUGGUUAAAGACCUACCACCUUCAAAGAUGGCAAAUGUAAAUUUAAGUGUAAAUUCAUGUAUUUACUAUUUUAAAUAAUUGGAGACUUGAUCUCCCAGUUGACAGAAACACCUUUUUAUAUAAGCUCUUUGAUGGGAUUUCGAGUUCAUAUAACCUACUGCUUAUAUUAGUGAGGGCAGAAGAAGCUGGUGCAUAAUUUAUGUUUAACACAGGUUUUAUGUCUCUCCUAAUGUUCCCACAUAGCUUCCCAGCUCCUGUGCCUGGAUGGCUUCCCAGCUGCUUGGCAAGAUGCUUGGCACACGUUCCCCCUCCCAUUCCUAUGCAGAAGAGCUGGACAGGCAGGCUAGGAAAAAGCUGUAGGACGCUCCAGGAGACCUAGAUUGACCAGGGCUUCAGGCUCCAAAGUCUAUGGUGGAGUAAAAUCCUUUUAAGUUAUACUUUGCAAUGCCCACUGAAAGCUGUAUUUAGCUCGCCGUGCCACUAACAACUGACUCCUGGAAUGCUCUUUGAAAGAGAGGUGUUUUGGCUUUGUCCAGCAGCUGUGUAAGGCUUUUGAAAAUACUCAAAAUGAUGGUAGGUAUUAGUAGGACAAGUAUGCAAGUGACUCAGCUGUGUUUUAUUCUAUGGAACAAACACUUUGGGAAAAAAAAAAUAUUUGUCAUAUGAUUGAAAGACUAGUGUUAGGAUUGAAAAGAUAGUUGAAGGAAAAAGCAAUAUGUACAAAGUUUAAACUAAUUUGAAAUUUAUUUUUUUCCAAUUGCAUUGGAAACAAUUCUUUUAGGAAGCUGUUUUUGAAUGAGGUGUAGCUAUGUUAUACUAGAGCAUGUGAACUGGAAGAUGAAACCAGGAAGAAAUGAACUAAAAGUAAAAUUGGGCAGUUUGUUUUCAUGAUGGAAACCGUGUGAGAAGCCAAAAAUUUAAUCCUUACAGUGCCCCAAAUCCCUGCUAUGAAUAUAUAAAGGGAGUUAGUGUUUUAAGUCCUACUUUUAUUAAACUAAAGUAUUAAUCAGGUAGAAAACUUUUUUAGUUUAAUUACUAACCUGACAAUGUCAUUAGCAGGGAAAGAGUUACAGAUAUGACUGUUUUUCUCCCCAUGUUAGAUGAAGUGAGCUCUGUUUGUGACUCAUUCUCCUUGCAGUUACAGUCAGUUAUGACAUGGAUGGGGAGGUUGAGGACAGCCCUGUGGACCUGCUUGGUCUCGCUUUUCAGGGAGGGAGAGCACGUUUGCUGACAAGUAGGGCCUGGGAGCUCUUCAUGAGAAUUUUAAGAAUAUAAGAUUUCUUACUGGGACAGUUUGUGAAUGUUUACAACAAGCACACAGGCGUGCGGUACUCACUGGGAAGGUUCCUAGUGGCCCUGUCCUCUCACAAGAAGCCUUCUCUGUAUUGAAACAGGCAUUUGGACUGUACCACUUUGCCAGAUUUCGGAGGAUUUUCUGCAGGUGUCUGUCACUUGUGGUGCCUAUUUUUUCUGUCUUGGAUUUCCAUCUCCUUAAAACAUGCACUUUGAACAAUGCAGUUAUCCAUAUAUGACAAAAAUUGCCAUUUUUCCCCUUAAUAAGCACAGCCUGUGAACCUGUCCUGAAAUAAUUUGUUUCAUUUUCCACUCUCUUACAUCAUGCCCUUUGAAUCCUAAAAUAGCUGAAACAUGGGACCUCCCUAGAGCUGCCAGAUACCUAGUAAUUUAGUUUGCUGAAGCUUGUAUGUUGAAGAAAUCAUCAAAGGGCAAGAUAAUACAGCAGAUGAGAUGUGAAAAGGAUGGGAUUUGUGCAUAAAAGAGUGCAAACAAUUGAGUAGCUUCUGAGAGGGCCUGAUCUCUGCAACACAUCUUCUUUGCCACUGUCGUCACACCCAAAUUAUUUAAUCAUAGAAUGGUUUGGGUUGGAAGGGACCUUAAAGAUCAUCUAGUUCCAACUCCCCUGCCAUGGGCAGGGACACCUCCCACUAGAGCAGGUUGCUCCAAGCCCCAUCCAGCCUGGUCUUGAGCACCUCCGAGACCUGAGCAUCCACAGCUUCUCUGGGCAACCUCUAAUGACCUCUAAUACUAAUUAAUGACCUCUAAUACUGGCAGCUUCCUGUCUUGAUUCAUGAUGACAGCAAACAUAUCAGUUAGUUCUAGCAAAACUUCUCACUGUCACAACUGUACGCCCAGAGCAGGUGUCUUUAAAUGUUGAGCACCGUGGAAUUGCAUGGAUGUACUUGCAGGGUGUGUUCUAGCAUUUAAAAAAGCAAAUUUAAUAUAAAGGUAUUUUAAAGGUCCCAAGAGGUUCCCAGCCCAACACAGGUGAUUUCUCUCAUUAGCCAGGUUUGUCACUUAAACUAGUAUUCCAGUCAAGUACAGCUGUUAAUUUAUUCUGCAGUAACAUCCACUCACUUGCAUGAACAGAUGCAUAACGUGCACAUGGAAGUGUUGCAGAGAUGCAACACUGUCUGCUUUUCUGCAUAACUCAUGUAUUCGGGUCUGAAUAGCGCUUUGUAGCGAAAAGCUCAAUUCAAAAACAUAUUCAAUAGAAAAUGAAAACAUCAAACAUGAUUUCUACUGAUUUAGGUAAAAAUUGCUGCACGCUCAGUAGAUUCUGCCCUUCGUUUCCCCUGUUGGCUCCACAGGAGAAUCCAUCACCUUUGCAAACAGACAGAUCUGUUGGGACUUAGGCAUGUGCUGAGCUUUAAGCAGCACUUUAGUUCCCCCUUGGAGAUUGCUCAUGUAUUUCAGUUGUAGCCUUUCUGUGUAAGCCUAUGGAGGAUUUGGGUAGGUAGAAAUUGCUCCUCACAUAGAAGUUAGCAGAUGGAUCAUCGGUGGACUUCCAGAUGCCAUACCUAUGAAUGUUGUUCUCUUGCCAGUAUUUGGUGUGCAUGUGUGUGUGUAUAUGUAGUAUCUAGUUUGUAGUGCGUAUGCGCGUGCGCACCUGUACAUAUAUUUGUAUAUACAUACCCUGUUUUGCCCAAUAUAACGACGCCAACUUGUGUGUAGAGCCAAAAAAACUUAUAACUAUACAAUGCUUGAGAUGCUGCAUUGUUUUUAUUAUAAUAUUUUUUAUAUCAGAUGAAUUGCAGGAUGUUUACAGAUGCUUAUUAAUAUUUAACUUAUACAAUGGAAUGGCAGGAUGUUUAUGAUUGUUGUCAGCUAAAGAAUUGUAUAUGAUUCUGGGUGAAAUUUUGGCUUUGUUGAAAUCCUUGGCUAAACUCCCAUUGAUCUCACUAGGGCCAAGAUUAAACCCCCCUGAAUCUAUUGUUUACUGGCUAUUUUCCUACUGUGAUAAUUUUUUUAAAGUGAGUGAAAUGUAUUUAUUUUUUUUCCCAAUGUGAAAUCUGCAGUUGCUAUUUGGAUUUUUCUACGGAACCUGCAAACUACAACACAGGUGGGAAUAUAUGCCUCAGAGAAUGUACAGAAUUUUUUCAUUGGUCUGGUCCUUGACUAUGUCUAAGAAAAUACCUUCUAAAGCAACUUUUUGUAAGAUUUAAUACAGAAUCUUCUAUAGACCGAUCACCUUUCAUACCUCUCUCCACAUAGAGGGCACUCAGCGUGGCAGGUGAAAAUAAGUAAUUAUUUACUGAUGAGUAAAAAGCAGUCCCAUCUAUUUUGUAUUCCCUACUGACUUCAUACAGCUCACCUGGCUCUGCAGAUCUGGAAUGAAACACUUGAAGUACCGUAUCCAAAAGUACCUUGUCUGAAAAAAAAAAAAAGAAGUUAUAUAGUAUAUGGCUUUAAACUUCUCAUCAAGACAUGGAGGUAUCUUCAGAGCCAGUCGGUAGAAUUAUUCUCUUAGUAUUUCAUAGAUUAAUAACAUUAUGAAAAUAUUAAGCGGUAAGGUAAAUCAGACAACUCUUUGACAGAGAAAUCACUUGUUUAGAGACAGAAGGAUGAGUUUUUUGAUAGCACCAGGGAGGAAAAAUACCCUAAUGCAGCGCUUCCUAAACCCCUUUCCAGGGUAUCUUUUUACUGCGUAUGCUCUAAGUAUAUUCUUCCUGUAAAAAAACAUAAGGCUGUGAAACAGCUAAAUAGAUGCAUCUUAAUUUCUUCAUCUAAGGCUAAAAAUACAAUUUUCAAACGAGCUAUCAUGCACUUUGAAAUAUAUACGUGUCUGGAACAGGUAAGUUUGUAUUCACCGUAGAUAGUCAUCAUGCAGUAGGAUUUGUAAACUGAGGUAGUUCAUGCCAACGUUACCCAAAAGCUGAAGAAACAGCCAGCCAGGCGUAUUCCCCCGUGAGGCUCCUUCUGAAGACAUCUGUGCAAAUGCCCACCACUCCCGGGGAUCUUUUCCUGUAAUUUUGUUUAAGAAAGGAUCCUAUCCAGAUUCCUACUCCUGCCCUUGUUAAUAAGGAAGGAAGUAUGCGCCUUGGUUGAACUUCCCAGGAGUUUGUUGGCUAUAGAAAUGGACCUCAAAAGAAGAAAUGGUUGAGGCAAUCAGUAGGCUUGUGGAGGAUACGCAGGGCUCUGCCUGGCCUCACUGGUUGGCUAAUGUGGAUCCAAUUACAGAUUUGGGGGGAAAAGAAGCUCCUCUUGUGCUCCUGCUGUGGUCAGUGGCCAACUUCCAUGGUUAUCAGUGGGAGCAGAUGGGCACCUGAGUGAGCGGACAGUUUUCCUUUCACAUGUUCCUUCUCUUUCUGUAAUUCUAAUCGGGUCUGGAGUUCAGGCCUCACUGUUAUUUGUCCGAAAGGCCGGGAGGAGUAGAGGAGGUGGUGAGGAAACGAGGAGGAAGUGGCCGGAGGUCUGCAUUCUGCCUUCAGGUUCCUGCCGCGGAGCUGGUGCAAGCCUUGGGGGCAACUCAGUUCACCUUUGUGUGCCUCACCUUCUCCGCCGGUGGGAGCCAGGACGCUUGCCCACCUUUGUACAGCCCCAUCCCCACAUCCCCGCCAAAAAACCUAUAGGUGAGCAGUGGUAUGUAAGCGGCUAAGUUUUACUGACACUAUUAUAUGUAGUAUAAAUAAAUAACUUUUGUCCGUAACACUGCAAAAAUGGCUUUUCCUAGUUUCAGUUCUGACUAUCUGACGACAUUCUGGGCAGUCAGUUCUGAAGCUCAGCGAUCGCUCUAGUACUUAACAAUUACACACAUAGCGGGCUCUGUUUGCUGCAGAAAAGAGUAAAACUUUAAACUGCCUGAAAAAACUUGCCAAUGAAGUAUAUCUAACAGAGCAAGUUUUAUUUACUUGUAAUAACGGUAAGGAACAGUGAAUUUUGUUUGUUUACAUACUGUUUACAAUGGCACAGUUUUAUUUUUAAUAUAUAAAAAAAAAACAAUUGAGGUAUUUAUUGCAUAUACUAUUUUAAAGAUGUUUUAUGUGUUUUCACCUUUGGAAUAUAUUGUUACAUUUCCUUGUACAGAUAAUUUGGGUGGCUUUGUUAAUAUAGUUAGUAAUUUUUAUGACUACUAAGUGACCAGUUUUCUGUGCCUUUUUAUUGUUGGAUGCAUGAUUACAUAUUUAUUAUUGUAUGGAAGUCACUGAGAUGUGUAUUUUUGUAUUCUGCUGGAAGCAAUGGUUGAUUUUAUUGUACAUGAUAAGAGAUGCCUUCCAUAAUGGGCACUCGUAUGAGAUCUUCCUUCUCAAAUAAACAGAAUGCAUUCAAUGUA